CUGUCAUGCGCGCAAAUUACGAAAAGGAAAACCUCGCAUCUAAUUAUAAAUUUUGCAUGAAAAUGUAUAAUGCAGGUAAAAUACCGCAGUGCGAUGCACGCUUAAACGUACGCGCGUUUUUAUGUGCGAGAGAAUAGCCCGCUUAAUUUAAUUAUUUGCUAAUUAGCUAACGUUUUAGGAUAAGUUUCACCAGUAUUAAUUUUAUAAGGUUUCUUUACCGACCAAAGUGUUUAGAUACCAGUUAUCAUGGUGAGAACGUGAAUGAUUGUGUAGGUUAAUGAAAUAAAUGCAUUAUGGCUGUACAAAAUAAGGUUUUAUAUGCAUUUCGUGGGUGGAUCGCGUUCGUUGCUUUCAUGGAUUUGGGUACUGCCGGCCGCUCUUAUAUAGAGAGAAGGUCAUUUCUGAGCAACGCCGAGAACGAACAUUUAGAUGGUGAUUUUACAAUAUCCAGGAUGCUGGGCAUGUAUUCCUUGCUCAAAGCUUUAGCUUUAAUACACUGCACAUUGUACAUACAUUAUAGACCAGUGGUGUCAAUGGGUUACUGGUCGCUAAUGUUAACAAUAAUAUUAUAUUUCACGGAGGCCUUCUAUUAUCAGUCAACGAAUCUCAAUUUUUAUGUUGUGUUCCCAUGCAUAUUAAAUAUUUUAACCCUAAUAGGGUUGAUAUAUCUACCCUCAAAACUGAAACUCUGGGGCACCAUACCGGGUACAUCAGGCAUGGACCGCGAGGUUGACGACGAGAAUACGCACAUUUUACGACAAAUGGGGAACUUCAGAAGAAGGAAGACUGGCAACACCAUAAAGAACAAACACGUUUGACUGUGUUGCCAGGUGUGGACGUCUAUUUUCCCAAUGGGGAAAAUGAAAUAAACCCAUUCGGAUGUGUCGUAAAAAUGGUAAUUUUCUACGUAAUAUAUUUGCAUUGGAGACCAGAAACAUGAAAAACUUCGCCAUUGCGGAAAAAAGGAACUAAUUUCUUUUUUUUUAACUAGUUUAACAGGUCUGAAUUCUUGCAUUUUUGUGCCAAUAAUUUCUUCUACUAGCACACUCAUGCUAAUAAAAACGUAGAAAACGUACUCUCAGUUCCGAUUUUUGUUUUUCUGGUCAGGCUAUAGUCCCCAUAUUAUUGGCUGUGUUUGCCCAUUUUUAAAAAUUACAGACUUCUUUGCUUUUGUGCUAGAUUAUGCAUUUGUUUGUAACAAAACAAUUUGUUGCUAUUAAACAAAAAAUGACAAAUUUAAUUUGACAUUACAUUUAAACUUGCUUAAUGUUAGUUAAAAUGUUAUAAACAAUCUAUUCCGAGUCUGUUUUGCUUGGUUGAAUAAUAUAAUUGGUAGAUAUUUCUCCGCUAAGCCUAUACCUUAACGAUUUUGAAUUAUAAAAAAAAAUCCUAUUCCAAAUAGGGUUAGGUAUGCCAUAGACUGUAGAUAAAUCCUAUUUAAUAUAAUUAAUAUAAAAAUCACAGAUGCCUUUGCUAGCCUUCACCUAAAAUAAUUCUAUGUAUUGUGAUUGACUGACUCUCAUAAUUUCCACCCUUUUCACUAAUAUUUUCCUUUAUACAAUAGGUACAGUGUUUCACAAAUAUUUUCCUUUAUAUAAUAAGUACAGUAUUUACCAUAAGGGCACAUGAAGUUGGUGCCCAAGGCAUUAACCUUAUGGAAGCCCUUUUUUGGUCGCUAACUAUGGGCCUCAUACGAAGGCUCAGAGUCACACAGCGGGCGAUGGAGCGAGCUAUGUUAGGAGUGUCUCUGCGUGAUCGAAUCAGAAAUGAGGAGAUCCGCAGAAGAACCAAAGUCACCGACAUAGCUCAGCGAGUUGCGAAGCUGAAGUGGCAAUGGGCGGGGCACAUAGUACGAAGAGCCGAUGGACGUUGGGGUCCCAAAGUGCUGGAAUGACGACCCCGCACUAGUAAGCGCAGUGUUGGCCGACCCCCCACCAGGUGGACUGACGAUAUCAAGCGAGUCGCAGGAAUUCGCUGGAUGCAGGUGGCUCAGUAUCGUGAUGUUUGGAAGUCCCUACAAAAGGCCUAUGUCCUGCAGUGGACGUCCAUUGGCUGAUAUGAUGAUGAUGAUGAUGAAGCCCUUUUUUAGGAUGUUUUUAGGAUGUGUGAACAACAAAAUAAUUAUUUUGUCUGAUGUCCUAAAGUUCUUUGUAUCUUCGUGUAGCUAUUUGUAUGUAUGCAAAACAAUCCUCCCUUAAAUGACCAAUUCUCAACAUUGGGGAAUGGGUUACCCAUAAUUGAGUUGAAAUUCCCCGCAAUUUGGGUAAUUCUCCACAAAAUUUAUAAUCCAGAUUAAGUAACAUGAUAACAACAUUAUUUAACAUUGCAAUCUAUACUAAUGUUAUAAAUGCAAAAGUAACUCUGUCUGUCUGUUACCUUUUCACUUUUACCUGAACCGAUCAAGAUGAAUUUUGGUAUGAUCGUAAAUGGGACCUUGGAGCAAAAUAUAGGAUACUUUUUGACCCUAAAAUAAAAAUAGAAGGGGGUGAAAUAGUGGUUGAAAGUUUGUACGGAAAGUCCUUCAUUUUUAGAGUUACUCUUUUAAUUGUUCAUCCUACUAAUAUUAUAAACGCGAAAGUUUGUAUGGAUGUUUGUUACUCUUAAACGCCGAGACUACUAAACCGAUUUAGUUGAAAUUUAGAAUGGAAAUAGAUAUUACUCUGGUUUAGCACAUAAGUUAGUUUGUAUCCCGGAAAAGUCCAUGGUUCCCGCGGGAUUUGUGAAAAACUAAAUUUCACGCGGACGAAGUCGCGGGCGUCUGCUAGUUAGCAAUAUAACACAAGACUGUAAACAUUCAAUGUCUAUACUAUUGUAAUAUGUUACUUAACCAUUGUAUAACAUGAUUUGUUAUACAAAUACGAGUAAUGUAUAGUUUGAACUCACUUUUUGUUACCUAUCUAGAUCAUGAGUGAAUGGUAUUUGUAUAAAAUUGUAAAUAAAUACAAUAGAUAAUAUAAAUCAAAAGUGCUUUGUAGGCAACGAAUGCUUUAAGAUAAAUAAGAUAAUGUAGAAAAAUAAACAUUAACUUUUUCUACUCUCUACAUUAAUAAAGGUCAUAACUCAUUGGAUCCAUCCCGCACGUCAACAGAUCUAUACUUCUAUACUGUUUAUAUAAAGAGGUAAAGUUUGUGGUAUUGUAGGGGGGGUAAUCUCUGGAUCUACUGAACCGGUUUUGAAAAAUCUCUUAUUGUGAGUGUCAUAGGCUACCUUUUAUUUCUGUAGUCUCACGGAAACGGAAACUAAGCGGGUGUUUAUGUUAGUAAAUAAAUACUAAACAUUAGAACGGUGCAGGUUGAGUGCUGGGUGGUUCUUAUGGGCUAUGACCCUAAUUCUCCCUGUCCAAAAUUUUAAAAGUAGGUACAUAUAAUAAACUUCUUUUUUUUUAAUCUUGAUAAUUGUGAAAUAUAUUUUUUUUUUCAUAUCCGCUAAGUAUUGAGCGUUUUAUAAGAAUUUUAUUUGCUAUAAUGUUGCCUUGUUUGAAAGCGUGUUUUUCUGGGGUAUAGAUUUUGUAGAAAGGGCUGUUUGUUGUUAAGCAUUAUCUCCCUCCUCAAUAAGAAAGGGUGGUUAUUAAUAUCGAUAUCCAAAAAUAAUUUUACUUUUCUCUUUUCAAAUUUUUGUGGCUAAAUUAGAUUGUGACUUAUGAAUAAACUCAUUUUAUUAUUUCUCCACGAAAAGCCAACAAAGGAGAUCAUUCAUUGUGGGCCCUUUUUGAAAGUGCCGGCCAACGAAAAAAAAGGCACGAAUCGUUAGAACUAAUCAUUUGAAGUAAUAGCUAAUAUAGCAUAAAAGUUGUCAGGUGGCUCUGAACCAAAUUAUACAGGUUCGAUGAUUCGUUAUUUCCAUACAUUUUGUCAACUUUUAAAAGUGCCCGCUAUGAAAAAAAACUAGAAAUACAGUCUUUGUGCGAUACAAACUAUUGCUCCAAAUGGGCAGUUCUAACGAUACGUAUCAGUAUUUUUUCUUCUUGGCGGGCACUUUUGAAAAUCGACAAAAUGUAUGGAAAUAACGAAUCGUCGAACCUGUAUAACUUGGUUCAGAGCCCUCCUACAACUUUUAUGCCAUAUUAGCUAUUGCUCCAAAUGGCUAAUUGUAACGAGUCGUGCCAUUUUUUUUGUUGGCCGGCACUUUAAAAAAAGAGCCCAGAAAUGUAUGGAGCGUGAAUGAUCUCCUUUAAGCCUAUACUCAGAUCUCACUAAAAACUUUAUGUAAUUCUCACCAAAACCAAUCAAUUACCUGUUCAAUGUUUUUCAUAUGGAUAUGAUGCUUUGGACAAAAACGUCUGGUUUUAUUCAAUAUUCAAGCACUUAUAAUAUAAGUAUGUUCGCACACAAUCAAUACUAUUGACAAUAUUUAUGUCGGGUAAAAUUGUCUUCAAUACUGACAAAAAAACUGUCAUAAUGCCGUAUAUUGUCAAUAAUAUUGGUGAGUGCAGAAGACGUAUGGGAAAUAUUCUUCUUCCAUAAAUUAUUUGUAAUACAUGUUUUCUGUGUUUCGAAAAUCAAUAAUUUUACCGUACUAAAUAAGGUUUUUUUAUUGACACUUCAUAUUUCUCUUUAUAACAAUUCUCAUAUUUAAUUGUCUGUCAAUAAGCAAUAAUUGAUUAGCUGUGAAAUUUUAUCAAUUUAUUAUUAUUAUUAUUAUUAAUAUUUACACUCUAUUGUUUAAUUUUUAAACUUUUAAUAAAUUAGAUUUACUAUUUUAUCUAUACUAUAAAAAUAAAAUGUACUUGAUCUUUCUCAAAUUUAUUAGGAAUACUUUUCAAAUAUUUCAAUUUUCAUUUAUGUUUAUCUUAUAGGAUAAGACCUUUUAUAUAGUCACUCCGCUAGUCAUUUACCUUCUAAUGUACUUGGUCACUUUUAAGGCAAAACGUUAAAACCCAUGAUUGCUAACGUCAUCCGAACGUGGAACUUCAUCAAUAUUAAUCAAUAAAAUUAAAUUGAAAAAUAUUCAUCAACAUUAAUAAAAUUAAAAAUAUUCAUCAAUAUUUAUUUUAUUUAAAGCAUCAGUGGUAAGCACUUCAUAGACGCGAAAAUGCACUGCCUACGAAUUUGUAUUGGAAAAGAAAAUUUCCUAUUUUGCACAAUUUUUACCUAUGAUGAUUACCGUAGUAAAAAACUUUGUGCUCGCCACUGUAGGGUAUUUAGACAAUAAACCCAAGCAACGAUUUUUUUUAUUAAAAUUAAAAUAGAAUAUGAUAGAAAGAAAAUGCAGAUCAAUGGGGAAGCCAAGCUGUAAAUUAUAAUUUUAAUAUAUUUUUUUUAAAUUUAAAACGAAUUAUGUGUAAGUAACCAACCAGCCCGUGAGUCCCGUGAGCGAGUCGUGAUAGCCCAGUGGAUAUGACCUCUGCCUCAGAUUCCGGAGGGUGUAGGUUCGAAUCCGGUCCGGGGCAUGCACCUCCAACUUUUCAGUUGUGUGCAUUUUAAGAAAUUAAAUAUCACGUGUCUCAAACGGUGAAGGAAAACAUCGUGAGGAAACCUGCAUACCAGAGAAUUUCUUAAUCCUAUGCGUGUGUGAAGUCUGUCAAUCCGCAUUGGGCCAGCGUGGUGGACUAUUGACCUAACCCCUAUCAUUCUGAGAGGAGACUCGAGCUCAGCAGUGAGCCGUAUAUGGGUUGAUAACGUAACCAACCAGCAGUAAUAAAAGCUCAUUUUUUUGGGUAAAUUAAAGGGGGAGAGGGAUCGGGUUAAUAAUACUGUAUGAAAGUCAGUUCUGUAAAAUUCCUAGAGGAUUUGUCCUUGAAGGAUUGUCCUGAUAAUAGAUCUAAUGGCGUGUUUUAUAUUAGUAAUACGUUUUGCCUCAAAAGUGUACUAAUAAUAUUUUUCCUAUAACAACUUAGUACACGUGUGGUGCCAAUAUACAAACAUUACAAUGCAAUAACGAACUGUUUUAAAUUAUACAAUUAUAUGUAUACAAUCCAGCACUUAUUAUAAUCUUUGACAAUGUUAUCACCUUAGUUUUAGACAACUAUAACAUUCUUAUUAUUAUAACUAUAUGUACUAAUACUAUAAAGUUUGUGAGGCUCUGCAAAACCGACUUUGCAAAUUCGUUUCCCAAUGGAAAGGUACAUUAUCAAUGAGUAACAUAGACUAUAUUUUGUCCCCGUAUUCCCACUAAUACUAAUACUAUAAAGUUUGUAAUGCUCUGCAAAACCGACUUUGCAAAUUCGUUUCCCAAUGGAAAGGUACAUUAUCAAUGAGCAACAUAGUCCAUAGACUAUAUUUUGUCCCCGUAUUCCCACUAAUCGGGCUAAUAAAUUUUUAGCUGUUAAAAAUAACCGAGCUUUUACAUAAAUAUUAACCCAAAUUGGAUGGAUUUAUUAUUUAGUUAAAGAGUUGCUAUGGCUACCGUCUGAUACCAUCAUUAGAACGCCUAUUUAUAGCAUUGUUUGCCAAAUGUACCAAGUUCAAGUCCAAUCGAAAGUCAGAAAGUGCGAGUAGGUAGGUAUUUUAGUCUACAAGUUUGACCUAGUAGGUAUGUGACCUAUUUAACAAGUUAAAUAAAUGCUACAAAUUAAAAAGGCUGUCGUGCCAAAAAGCGAUUCUACCGUCUGAAAAAUGGCGCCAAUCCAAAUCUAUUUAGAGAUUUAAAAGCUAUGAUUGUAUAAAGAAAUUCACAUGAACAAAAGAACUACUUUUAACUGACUUCCAAAAAGGAGGAGGUUCUACGUUCAGCUGUAUGUUUGUUUUUUCUUGGAUAGACAGGUAGGAGUGUAAUAAUAUUUCUUUUAAUUAUGGUAAAUUCUACCUUGUUGGUUAACCUUUGUGUUUUCGUUUCACGUAUCGUCUGUAUAACUUUUAAUCAAAACUAUGUAAUCCGUAGAUCGAUGGUGUAAUCCAAUAAAUAAUAAACGAAUAACGGUCAAAAAAGUAAUACCAAUUAUUUUACAUUGUCUGAUAGAAAAACAUAUAGUGUCAGCUCCGACGCACGAAUGGAGCUUACUCUUUCAGAUCGACUGUCUAUAUAAGUGUAUGUUGCACGGCAGCGUCUCAAUACCUAUGAAAAGUGAAAGGUGCGCAACCACACAUAAACAAACACACACACAUCGCAGGAUAUUGUCCUGUCAUAGUAUUUAAUAUGACAAUAUUAUUUGAUAGCAUUAUAUGAUAUUAUGAGCAUAUUGUGUUGUGUGGCAUAAUGCUGUAAUAAAGAUUUUUUUCUUUGUUGUCUUUAUUUCUUUCAACCGAGGAGCAGCAAGCCGCGGCGUGCGCGCCUGCCAACAGCGUGUUAUUGUCGGCAGCGCACAGUGAAAGGUACGCAUAGGUUGCGCACUAAAAAUGUAACGCUGUCAUUCAUUCAUCUAAUUUUACUGCCCAUAUUUUUUUUAUACCGGGGGCUAUAAAUGAAAAAUCGAUUGUUAGGGAGUAAACUCCAAAAAAAUAUACUAUGCACAAAAAUUAAGGGAGCAGAAAAAAAAUCCAAAUUUUUGGGGGAUUUUCAACAGGCUGUAACUUAUACAAAAAUGGUCGUACAGCAAAAAAAUAAAAAGCAAAUUGUAGCUCUAAGUGUUUAGUUUUUGGAUCUGAGUUUGAAAAUUUUUUUUUGAAAAUAUUUUUCGAGUAAUCAUUAGAAAACCACCGAAAAAAAAAUUUCGAAAUUUUUUUGGUGUUUUUUUUAAUCUACGGACGUGGAAAAAAUUUUUUCGACUCAACCUCCAUAUGGACCGGAUAGAUUCAGAUUUAAUUUAGUUUUUUUUAAAUCUCGAUACGAGCAUUUCUCGCUGAGAUAUCGAUGUUUGAAUGGAAAAAGAUCAUUUUGUUUUGUAUAAGUUACAGCCUGUUGAAAAUCCCCCAAAAAUUUGGAUUUUUUUUCUGCUCCCUUAAUUUUUGUGCAUAGUAUAUGUCAUGAUGUUUAGUUAUACGAAUAAGAAUGUUACAGUUAGAUUUGUUGAUUUUAGCCCAUAGUUGUAGAAUAGAAUACUUGACUACUUUUUGUACGGCGUGCUAUUUUUUAUAGUUCACAUAGUUUGUGUGUGAUUCCCAAUAUGACACCGAAAUAUUAUACUUAGUUAGAAAGUGCCGUAUCAUUGGGUAACAAUUCAUCUUUUAAAUUAAACAUUUGUGAACACAGAAUUUAAAGUGUUGUGAGUGUUAUUCAUAAUAAUUUAUUAUGAAACACGGCUCACCUCUCUCCCAACGCGCGCUGCGAGCAGCAGCACCUUAUGCACAGAAACUUUUUUUCAGCCUAGCAAUUGAUAAACCAUCAUCGUCAUCGCGUGCGAAAUUUUUAAUUAUUUGACAUAAUUAAUGAACUGGGCAAACACGGAGCAUGCUAACACUUUUGUUUAUAAUUUUACCUGUGCAAAUGACCACCAUUUUGGUUCGGCUUAGUUGACGUGGUCUAUUAUUAACCGACUUCAAAAAAGUAGGGUGCUUUUAAUUCGACACGAAUGUUUUUUUAAUGUUUGAAUCCAGAAUUGAAUCAUAUCUUUGUUUCGUUCAUUUCGUCAUUUAUUAACCAAUUUAAUUUUUUUUUUUGUUUAAAAGAGUAUUCUUCCAGAUUGGCCCCAUUUAAUUCGAUUCGAUUCUGAUUCGAAAAAUGAAAUAUUUCUAAAAUAACCGAUUUCUAAGGUGUAUUUUGCUCUAAAAAGCGAAAAAUAACAUCGUGCCUAUGUCCUUCUAUUGAUCGCUAUGAAGGCGGUGCCAAAAAAACAAUAAACUUUAAGUGCCUAUUGGCAUAGCACUGCUUUCAAAACAUUUCUUAUUUUAUAUUGUUGUCAAUUUAUUAUUAUUUUUUUUAUUAAUUAUUUAUUUAUUAUUAUGCAGCAUAUUACCUGAUGAAAAGUCACCUUAAGGUCAGAACUCAUUAGAGCCGCUCCGCACGAUAAAAAAUCGAUACGACAGUUACGGCACUUUCUAGCUAUUGAUUUUAAAGUGCGCUUCAUAGAUGUAGGUGAACAUAGGCGAUUUGCAUUUUGUUAUUUAAUUAGUGACUGAAGUUGUUUGAUUAUAGAGAAUACUUAAUAUCCUUAACAAAUGGGUGAA